AUGCCGCAUCUUUCCCAUGGCCUUUUUAACAAAGGAUACCAAGUUGAGGUCCUUAAACGAGAAAAAGGUCCCAAUACUUUAACUUACUGUCCAGCUACAGUGCUUCAAUCAAAUAAAAAUCAAGUCUUUAUUGAGUACCAAACCUUGAUUAUUGAAUCAAAUUCAAAUGGUCCAAAACGAAUAAGUGAAUUUGUUGAUUUGGGGUUUGUAAGGCCAAAUCCACCAAGAGGAAAUAACGAGCGCUUUAAGGUGAAUGAUAAUGUUGAUGUUUAUUGUGACAAUGGGUGGCAUAAAGGCACCGUUAAGGAUAUUUUAGAGAAUUCAAUGUAUGUUGUUGGUUUUGAUGGUCAAUAUAGUGAAGGGAUCAUUACUGAACAGUGUGAUUUAAGGCUUCAUCGAGAAUGGAAUGACGGGUCCCUUCUCUGCUUGAUAAGAAAUAUAUCUGAGAUGGAGGUUAAAUCGAGAAAGAUAAGGUUGAAGAUAAAAUACAGCAAGGAAAAAAAAAAAACAGAUAUUGUUGGGAAGGCUGGAGAUAAAAUGCAGCCAAUACUUAGGAAUGGGACUUUGGUGGAGGUCAAAAGUGAUGAAGAAGGGUACGAUGGUGCUUGGUUUGGUGCAAUUAUUGUUGGCUCUGUAGGAAGAAAUGCAUUCUUGGUGCAAUACCUGUACCUUGUCACCGAAGAUGAAACUGCACCCUUGAGAGAAAUAGCGAAUGAACAGAAUAUCAGACCUAACCCACCUGAAGUUCAGGAAGUCAUCAAUUUUAAACUGCAUGAAAUGGUUGAUGCAUGGCACAAUGAGGGGUGGUGGCAUGGUGUGGUCUCGUCAGUGCUGAAUGGGUUUAAGUAUAUGUUCUAUUUCAGCUCUACAGCUGAUGUUAUGGAAUUUGAACAUGCUAGGUUGAGGCCUCAUCAAGAUUGGAUUAAUGGAAAGUGGAUCAAGGGUAAGGAACGGAAUCCAAAACCUAAAUUCGGCAAGGGAACAAAGGUAGAGGUCAAAAGUGAGGAAGUUGGUUUCCAGGGUUCUUGGUACACAGCAACCACUGUGGAAGUGAUGGAGAAUGACAAAUUUCUUGUUCAAUAUGACACCCUUGUAACAGAUGAUGAAACUGAUUCCCUUAGAGAAGAGGCAGUUGAUGCUUGGUAUAAUGAUGGAUGGUGGGUGGGCCGUAUUAUCAAAGUUCAGAAAGAAAUGAAGCACAUAGUGCUCUUCCAGAAUACAGAGGAAUUGGAGUUUGAACAUUGUGAGCUGAGGCCGCAUCAAGAAUGGAUUGAUGGAAAUUGGUUCACCGUUCCAAAGGCAGCCAUCACACAUGUGGCCAAGUUUUGCGAAGUUAUUUUGAAACAGUUUAUGAGCGUCAAGUUUAAUUUGCAUCCUGAAAAUAAAAUCUCUUAA